AUGUUGCUGCGUCCCAGGAGGGGGCUGCUGCUGCUGCUGCUGCUGCUGCUGCUGCUGGUGCUGCUGCAGCUGCGGGUGUGGGUGCUGUGGCCAAGGAUGCCCCUGCUGCUGCUGAGGCAGCGGCUGUUGCGCAUGAUGGGCCUGCUGCUGCUGCUGCUGCUGCUGCUGCUGCUGCUGCUGCUGCCACUGCUGGUUCUGCGGCUGCUGUGGCCAUUGCUGCGCGUGGAACGGCUGCUGUGGCGGUUGCUGCAACUGCUGCGGCUGCUGGGGCUGCUGCGGCUGUAA